CCGUAAGAAUCUGACGAGUUUUCACAGGUUCAGCUUGAAUAUUGUGAAGGUAACAGAAGACAGCCCCACUCACAAGAGACGAAAAAGAUGGAAAUGAACAAGACGUAGAGAUGCCAGGACGUGAAGCAUUUCGAGAUGGCUUCUAUCCUUCGGACACCUGGUGACUUGUCACCGAAAGCAGUCUUGGUGUCGCCUUGUUGCUCCAACUCGUGACGGAUCGCAUCGUCAGGGUAGAGGUGCGUCACGGACGCUUUGCGGAAGAGACCCAUGUGUGAGAGAGAGUGAGGCGGGGAAUAAGAUCGUCAAAAGAUUCGAAGUUUGCAGUGUGUCUUGAGAGAUGGGCAGCUCUCACGACCAAAGUGAUGAUGGAGGUAGAGAAGUUGGGAUAACGUUCGUCCACACGGCAAGUCUGAGUAUAUAUAUAUAUAUAUGUAUACUUGCGAGGAAAGACCUUUUUUUUCUCUUGCUUGCUCCUCAACUUCGAUCUCGAUCCAAUUUUCGGGCCUAUCGGGUGAGAUUCAGAAGGUCUGUUCGUUUGUGUAUUUCAAAAACGGAUAGAUGCAAGGGAGGACAGCAAGCGAGAAGUCACUGUCAGGGAGGACGAGGGGAGGGGGAGUUCAGCGAGGCAGCAGCAGCAGUAGCAGGCAACACACAGAGUAGCAACAGCAGAAGAAGCAGAAGAAGCAGACGCAGCGAGGUUGUGUGUGACGCAGAUGGCCGAUUUCGGAAGUUUUUCUUUUCUUCCAUCAAAUUUUUUUUUUAUCUGAUAAAAAAGAAAAUGGGCAAUUUUGAUUCCGUCGCUUAUCUGAUUAGGGAAUUAAGGGAGGGUUGAGGGCGGCGUGCGAAGGGGAAGUUGGAGCAGAGCAAGGGGGCCAGGCAUCGGCGGGAGAGGGAGAGAGAGAGGAAGGACCCACUCGGUGACUCGGCCGAGGGAGCUCACAGCGUAUGGGGAGAAAGACCUUGGAGGGAACUGCUUCGAUCUCGGAGAGCUUGACUCGCUUCCCUUUGAUUUCGACGCCCGAAUCCAGAACGCGAGUGCCAAGAAAAGAACAUUGGGCAAUGCGUCUCUGUUCGGCCGAAGAUGUGUAUGGGAUGACAGUGACCACGUUGGUAACCCCCUCUUACACCGAUCAGGUACACGACAGGGCAAGAGUAAUAAUGGUACACAU